CCGUCUCUCCCUCUCUCUUUCCGUCCUCACUAAACUAAUCUAAUGCCUCCAUUCUCGCCCCUCACCAACUCUCCCUUCCACUGAUCUCGCCACCCCCGCCGCCGCGGCAGGCCGAAGGAGAAGGAGCAGCUCUGCCGAUAUCUGCUAAUGGAGUCUCCUUCGUUUGUGUCCAAAGCACGGACAGCCUUCCAUUCUGCUGCAGCUCGAGCCGAGCGCGUCCUCACCGAUUUGAAAUCCGACCGAUCAGAUGCUGACAACAAGCAAUCGCCGAGGGAAGAACGGAGUGAGCAGCCGGAUAAGCAGUCUCCGAGGAACGAAAGCGAGUCUAAGAGCAACAAUGAAGGGAAGCACUUGAAGUGGAAGCCUGCACCUAUAGGAAUAAAGCAGGAUUGGCAGGACCGAUUCAAAAAUAUUAGAAUAGGGAAAAAAGGUGACAGCCCGACAGAAAAAGUUGAUGAUUCAAAGAUGGCUCUUGCAUUUUAUGAUGAGAAUUUGUACAUACUGAACAUGAAAAAGGAUGCCGAGGUCAAGGCGUCACAAGUACCUUACAUAGUAGAAAGAUUAAAUGCCACAACUCCAGACAGCAUCCCUCCAGCAUCUGUCAUGAAGCAAUUGGCUACUGCUAUUGAUGCUGGGAAAAAAUACAAGUCAAUAAAAGAUAUUGUGGUGCCUUCUGGAAGUUCUUCACCAAUGAGGGAGAGGGCAAGCAGAAGCCUUGCUGCUGUGAAGUCAUUGGUGCUUCGUGAUAAGGACGAGAAGCUUGCAUCUGAGUUUGAGAAUCACGAGAAGGUUUUGUCCAUCUUGCAGUCGUUGUUUGAUGCAGAGGGGGACUUUCUAAGGAGGAAUGUGAGCUGUAGUGAGGAUUCCUUAUCAUUGAUUAAAGACAUUCAUGGUGCACCUCCCGGAAGCUUCCUUGUAAAGCUAUCUGAAGUAAUUGGAAGCUUUAAAACAUUGCGGAAAAUGGCUAUCCUGUGGUGCAAAAUUGUUGCUGAACUCAGAAGACUUUGGGGUGAAGAACUCCACAUACCAGGCAUCCCUCUGGAUGAGUUUCCAGAUCUUCAUUCCUGCCUUCUAUACCAGCAGCUUCAAGUUAUCAAUUGCUGUGUCUCCCGGAAAAAGCGUCAUGCGAUUGCUUCUGAAUCACUGGAAGCUGCAUUAAGGGACGCCAAGAGAUUUUCUCCAGAAUCUGCUAAAGGUGUAAAUGCUCCUGGGCAUUUAUUAUAUGCCAAAACGAGCAGUGGAGAACUUGUACUUCGGCUAGGUGCGGGUUCGAAGGCUCCUAAUCUGUUCAUGCUGGAAAGUGGUGAACCAAUAUACUCUCCUAUCCCUCAGGAGGGCCCUUUGCUUACCGAAGAUCUUAUCAAAGAAACAGAAGAAUUUGUUCUUCGAACUGGAAGUGUUGGUGCUGGGUGCUCUCAGUUACUCUCUGACAUGCAAGGUUUCAAGGCUGCCAAUCCUGGCUGUAUAUUAGAGGAUUUUGUGAGAUGGCAUUCUCCUCCUGACUGGACAGACAGUGAGCCAACUGAUGAAGCGAAUGAGACUUCUUCUUCAGAUGGGGGUAAUUCAUCUUCAACAAAAGGUUACUUAAGUAGUCGAAUGCAGAAAGAAGGAAACUUGUGGCGUGAACUGUGGGAAACAUCUAAGCCGGUUCCGGCUGUUAAACAGGCUCCUUUGUUUGAUGAGGAAUUGGCAGUUGAGGGGAUUCUGAAUCACAUGGAGAACAUCAGCCCUUCUGAGCUUUUUGAACAAUUCUUCAUUUCUUUGCUUGGUCUGGGAACUUUGAUGGCCGAGGCAAAACUCUCUAGCAACGAUUAUUUAUCAAAGCUAUUCUAUGAGUGCAAAGACUACUUCGUGGUAACUUGUCAAGGAAGGCCCUGGAGUGAAAAAGUGGACGACAUUUGCCAAGUGUAUGAAACAAUGGAGGCAAUGAUAGUGAACCCGGAUGAAGUUGUUAAGGCAAUGAAGCAGGCUGAUGAGGCCAGAACACCUGGAUCUGAAACCAAGCGCAUUAGCUUCCUAAAAUUGGGUCUGAACUUCGGCAUUAAGGACAGGAACCCGAGAAAGCCGUCCCCAAGAUCCGAGAGCAGUUCAGAGGAGAGCCCCAUGAAACAGCAAUUCUCUAAUUUCUUCGAGGGCAAGUCAUCCUUGUUCUCGAAAAACAAGCCUCCCAAGCCAGGGAGCGCAUCCCCCGGUGAAAAAACCCCUUCAGCAGAAGAUAGUGACUGGACACUCGUUUGAAAGGCUACAGAGGGGAAUCAUCCUACACAGCCAAUUGUAAUUAUUUUUGAAUUUUCCAUCUCUUUCAAAUCCCCCCAAGGUAAUGAAGGAAUCCAUGCCUU